CAUAAAAGUUCAUUCAUCUCAACAAAUUAUAAAUAUAAAAAGUUCAAAUCCUUGAAUUCAACUUGAUUAAAUAGCACUAAUUCAAUUUGAGGCAGCCCACUUAUGGUUGCAAGUCCUUAGGUGUCCAAUGUCCAUCCCUUAUUCAAGUUAAAUUUCUAAAUUUCUAGUACACAGCUAUAUAAUCUGUCAAUCAAUUAUAUUGUUCAAAAUCCCCGAAGAGAGAAAAAUGAGUGAUUAUAACAUUAAGGAAGAGGCGGUAGUAGAAAAAACGAGUGAUUAUAACGUUAAGGAAGAGGUGGUGAAACAAGAAAGGUAUUACUAUGAAGAAGAAAGAGAGUUUACAAUUCACAAAACAUCAAUGUUUAGUCAAGGAGAUGGGUUUAUGAUAUAUGAUUCAAAGGGUGAUAUUAUCUUCCGUGUUCACUCAUAUGGCCCUAUUAAGCAACCUGUCAUUCUCAUGGAUCGUUUUGGCAAGCCACUCAUCACCCUUCUCCCUAAGAGGCCUACACUUCACCAUAGAUGGGAAGGAUUCAUAGGAGAGAAAACGAGGCACGAUCAACAACCACCCAUCUUCAGCAUAUGGAAGUCAAUAAAAAUGGUCGGACGACGAGGAUCUACCAUGAUAGUACAAGUGCACGAUGGAUCACAUGCAAUGUACGAGAUCGAGGGAUGUUUCAAUGAGAGAAGUUGCAACGUAUAUUAUUAUUUGUCCGAUGAUCAUACCAUAUCUGAAAAAUUCUUAGUUGCAGAAAUCAAAAGGAAGGUGGAGCUCACUAGAAAUAUAAUGUUAGGGAAAGAUGUUUUCAGUUUGAAUGUCAAAGCUGGGUUUGAUGCUGCUUUUGCUAUGGCCUUGGUUUUAGCACUUGAUAGAAUUGAUGGUGAUGUUGACGAUGAUGUUUCAAUUGAUCCCCUAUGAAAUGUCACCAAGUUACCGAUGAUGUUUUGGCUAGGGGUUAAGUCCAUUUGGAGGUUUUUGUAUGAUAGGUCACAAGUCUGAAUUCAUCUUUCUAGCUCCAUUUGCAAUUUGUAUUGCAUUUCCGACUCAUUCACACAUACACAAAAAUGUCAGCUAAUAUAUUUGUAUCAUGUGAGAUUAGGACUUUAGGAAUGGAAAAUUCCUUAAAAGGUGUGUAUAUAAAGUGUACUAGUCUUUUAUGUAUGCGAUUCGUGUGUGAUUUAUAGAAUCCAGGUAUGUUAAUUAACAUUAAGAAAUUAUUAUUUCUUAUCGUAGAA